AUUUUUUUUUUCUAUUUUGUUCAAACAACUGUAUUUUCGUGUAAAGAUGGGCUCUAAGGAGGACCUCAGACAUCCACUGUUCAGUGGCCCGGACAAUAUUAGAACCGAAGGUAGUGAAGAGUUGUCAAAAAAUGUCAGCAGUCGAGUUGCUAUUAAUUCACCAGAUCAAAUUUUAUCAAACAAAUGUGAAACGACUUUGAAAGUCUACAAAAGAAGAUGGUAUGUUCUUCUAAUGUUUAGUCUCUUUAGUUUCACACAAAGUGCUGUAUGGAACACUUGGGGCCCAAUAUCAUCCAGCAGUAAAGAAGCCUUUUCCUGGAGUGAUGCCACCAUUGCAUGGCUGAACAACUGGGGUCCAGUUGCCUAUGUUGUCUGUGGAUUAUUUUUCCCUUGGCUGCUUCAGGUUAAAGGUCUGAGGUGGGCAGUUGUUCCUAGUAUGUUUUGUGUCUUCAUAGGCACAGUUUUUAGGUUGAUCACUUCAGAAAAAGUCUCCGCUACCAUUUUGAUUCACAUUGGUCAGUUUCUGAAUGGUGUUGCAGGACCUAUUGGAUCAGGAGCUAUGCCCACUCUCUCCUCUAUCUGGUUCCCUGCUGAUGAGAGGAUAACUGCCACAGCCAUAGCCUCUUCCAUCAGUGCUCUGGGCUCAGCUUUGCCAUUUAUUUUAGGUCCAUUGCUUGUUACUGAUAUUCCACCCAACCGUAAUGAGACAACAACAGCAGCACCUGUAUCUACCUCAUUAUCUUCUGCCAAUCAUUUGGUUUUGUACACCAUGGAGCCAGGCAAUGUUACAGCCGCAAGAAUCCAAAGGGAAAGAGAUGAAAUAAUGAAGUAUAUGUAUUACUCCUGUGGCUUUGCUGGACUUGUAUUUCUCAUAAUAUUGAUUUACUUUCCUGCUAAACCACCACACCCUCCCUGUUUGUCUGCAUCCGUUGAGAGAGAGAAAUACUGGUCAGGCCUGUGGUCACUAAGAAGCAAAAAGUAUUUUGUCCUGUUGGCAGUAAUCUACAGUGUGUCCAUAGGAGUCAUCAACUGUUGGUCCAGUGUGCUUAAUGUCAAUUUGAGCUCUUUCUCAUUUACACAUGUUGAUGAGGAUCAAGCUGGUUGGAUAGGUUUCUAUGCAACUUUAGGAUCAUUUGCUGGUUCCUUGUUGGUUGGAAGGUUUGCAAGUCUGUUUGCUAGACAGAUGAAACUGUUCAUUCUGGUCAUGUUUAUACUCAGUGCUGGAUGUUUUACUGUGUUUGCCCUGGUGCUGGUACAAGUUAUACCAAGUUCAUACGCCAUCUUAUAUACCUCUGUAAUUGGAGGAAACACAUUGGUCAACUCUGCUGUGCCACUUAUCUAUGAGCUGGGCUGUGAGCUGGCUUAUCCAACUAGUGAGGGUGCAGCCAAUGGAAUCCUGACCUACUUAAACAACAUCGGAGGCCUGAUCUUUCUGGCGGUAUUCUCAUUUCCUAAUGUUGGCACUAUGUGGAUGAACUGGACAGCGAUUGGUUCAAUUCUUGUCUGCAUCCCUAUGAUAUUGGUCUUGAAAGGUCAGUUCAACAGAUUGGAGGUGGAUGAACAAGUCACAGUACAGAAGUCUGUAGAAUAAGAUAGGGUAGAGAGUGCAGCACUCAAUUUUGUUGUUGAAAUAUAUAUUAUUAUUCUUUCUUUCAUGCACUUCACUCAAAGCAAGCCAAGGCACAAAAUACCUAGUCUUUAUAUAGAUCUGCAUUAUAUAUCAAUCAGCUCAUGUGAAUCAUAUUAAUAACCAGACUUUUAAUCUUACUAUAUUUUGUCAUAAAAUUCAGUACAGACAUUAUAAAACAAUGGCCAGUCAGUCAUUUAUAUUUUUUUUCAUGCUUGUGGCAUUUAAUCUAGUUAGUCCUAACAAUGACAUAUGAGAUUCAUCUCUUACAGUUUAUUAUUUGGUUUUGAUCCAAUGUUUUACUUAUUAGUUCUAGUACAAGGUGCGGUGGCUGAUCGGUAAAGUUCUAGGCUUCUGAACCGGAGGUCCCAGGUUUGAAGACUGGGAUUUUCAAAUUCGGCCUCUGAGUCUACCCAGCUCUAAUGGGUACCUGACGUUAGUUGGGGAAAAGUAAAGGCAGUUGGUUGUUGUGCUGGCCACAUGACACCCUCGUUAACCGUAGGCUACAUAAACAGAUGACCUUUACAUCAUCUGCCCUAUACACCACGAUGUCUGAAAGGGGAACUUUACAAUGUCUCCACACAGAGCAUUUAUUUGUACUGUAGUGAUGUGGACAGUUUGAAUAAAUGAAUAGAGUUGUCAGGUUCCUUUCUUGAUUGGCUCGUUUGGGGUUACUCAAUUACAAUUAAGAACAAUUAUUACUAAUAAACUCCUACUCCAGAUAUCCAAGGAAAACAGUAAUACUGACAUCAACUCUCAGGAAAUAUUAAUACACAAACACCAGUCCAGGAAGCAACUGUCCAACCUUCUUGAACAGGGGACAAGACCUCAUGACUAUCACACUCUCUCACACAUUCAAGAAGACUAAUCAUUCAGUUCAUAACACGUGCAGACUGUUCACAUUUAUAACCUGGGCCUGGGAGUACAUAAACAAAGGGAUAUAACUAUCAUACCAAAAUAUCAACAAAGUAACAUAUUCAUUCUCGCCAUACCUUUCCUUUUGACAGAGGAUUUAAGAGAGUAGUUACAUUAAACACAACUUUUUCAAUCAUCUUUUUCCUUACAUGGAUUUUUUCCUUCAAUACUAAUUGCUGUAACUCUGCCUACAGCAAGCCCAAAGAACAUCAACAAAAGGGAUAGAUCAAAACAGCAGUUUAAUAAUAGACUAAUUGUCGGAUAACAAAUUUGAAUUAGAGUAAUAACGACACUUCUUAGUAAUAACAACACUUGUUUACAUUGGCCAUCUUUGACUUCCUCUGUUUCUCCGUCCUGUCCUAUAGCACACAUAUCGCGCCAAAAGUGAUUCAUCUUUCACUGACUUCAGGUCUUCCUUUAUUUGCUCUUUCAUCCAUUUCCAAAGCUCCCUCAUUAUCGGGUUCUAUUUCAAAUAAAUAGGUGUCCGGAUCCUGUUCAUCAUCUAUGAUGCUAUGCCUCAGAAGCUCCAUGAGCGCCUCUUUGUUGCCGCUUACCUUCAGCUCUCUACAUCUGAGUUCUCGUCUAAGUUCUAUCAAUGAAAGCUGACCAAGUGUUGUCGUCGAUGCCAUCCAGUAUCUUUCUUACGUUGGCCUACCUAAAAAAAAGUCCAUUGUCUUCCCACUUUCGUUGAGAAUCCCAAUCCCACUUCUGACACCAAUUGCUGGAUGUUUUUUCACAGGACGUCACAAAUACAUAAUAACAACAUCUUCGUUUAGCACAGUCUCUUCAUUUCGGCUCUCGACUUGGGCGGAAAUCGUUCUUCUCUUAAUGUAAACAUCUGUCCUAGUCUGGUUUCUAGAAGUGCGCACCUUCUGCACUAUCUUGAAUAGCGGGGGUGCGCAUGGCAGAGUUGUAACAUUGCCAACUGUCUUAAAAAGCUUCUAACUUUUGUUUUAUUCACAUCUACUAGAUUUCCUGCAAUCACUUCUAGAUUUUUGCUCUAAAGCUCAAUUCAGAUUAUGUUACCAUAACACACAGGCUAAAACCUUGUGAUGGUUGAAAAUAUAUUUGGUCUGAAAGACUUUUAGGCUUUCACACAGUUGACAUUAUUGAGAGAUUUCUCAUUUUGCUUUAUCACAGAUCAUGUAUACAUUCUGUUCUUGUGCAUCAUACAUUAUUGUCGAUACAUGAAAUAACUCAAACGGUAAAUACAUUUUCAAUCCACAAAAACAAAGUACCCUAACUUGUGAUCAUUUUAGGAAGUAAAUUUCAUCGUUCAAAUAUAAAAAUCUUCUACUAAAACUCAGUGUCACAAAAGAUAAUUGAUUUUUAGGAUGUAGUAAUUACAUUGUUUCAUUUCUUGUAUAACCAUCUCUCAGAUAGAUUACCAUCUAGUGCCAAUAGUCUUGUAGGAUCAAGUAAUUAGAUUGUUUCAUUUCUUGUAUAACCAUAUCUUAUGAACAUAAUAACACAACAGAGUUGAAAAUCAUGUCUGCUUAGUAUGUCUUUAAUACACUGAAUGACUACACAACACACACAUCUCUAACAUUUUGUGAACACAUUCUCACAGACGAGUUAAAAGCACAUGUUAACAUAGGAACGACAUAACCAAUGCAGUAAAUAAUCUUUAUAACAUUCACCCCCCAGUUUAAAUUGUGCUUACUAAAAUGAUUUAUAAAACAAGGAUUAAGCAAGUAAAAGCAGAACAAUACUAGAGAUUCCAGUAAACAAAGUAGAAUAGCAUGACAUGUUAUAACAUAUUGAUAGAACAUGAUAAAUUUAAUAGCUUAUUAAAGUCAAGUGACAAAGUAAAAUGAAGAUAGUAAAUGACAUCUGAAUUAGAUCAAAUAGUCAGUAAAAUGUUAAUUGUCACAAGUUAAGUAAAAUAAACAAAUGUCAUUUUCGAGACUAGUAUUGACAAAUUGAAUGUCAACUUUAGAGUUCUAGUUAAGCUGAUGAACUUUUACUCUUUAUAAUUGGGCUGUAGAAUAUUCGUGUUACACAAAUAAAAAACUACUGUUUAAGAGGGAAGACAUAUUAGGAACUCCAUUAAUUACGUAAACACAAGCGUAGUUGCACUGAGGCGCUAGUGUGCAAAUGUACAUAUAAUACCAAUAUGGUUACAUCUGUCUUCUUUAAUUCAGAAAAUCUAUUUCUCAGAAUAACCAACAAACUAGCCCACUAAAAAGUCAAAUCAGUUCAUCACAAAUCAAGUCUCUUGGGUUUGUUAACUAUUCUGCCUGAGCGUGUUAUGCAAGUUUAUGUGGUCUAUAGGUGUUAGAAGAAGCAGUGUGUAGUGGCGGCCCUUCAUCUAGCGUAGUUUGUAAACUUGGACUCUCUUGAUCUCGUGGUUCUAGUUGUUCUGACAUGUCAUCUGUAAAGUCAUAAUUAUUGUCAAAUCUGUUUGCUUUCGCAGAGGACUUUCUGAUGUGUUUCCUGUUUCUUCUGUAGACCUGAUUCUCUCUUUUGACAUUUAGGCUUAGAAUGUUUCAAAACUACUGUUCCUGGUUUCCAGUUAGGAUUAAGUUGCAUUCUGACUGCCGUUCCAUCUUGUAGUGGAUUGUGACUCUUAACUCCUUUCCUCUUGUCAUAAUAGUGUUUUCGAUACUGUCUCUCUGAGUCAAAGUGUUUCUUCACCACCUUAAAAUCUGGUGUCUUAGGGGUGAGUAUUUCCUCGCUUGAAGGUAACAAAUUUCUGGGUCGGUACCCCUAAAGUAGCUGUGCUGGCAACAAAUUAAUAUUAGUCAGUGGAGUAGUUCUGUAGUCUAAUAGAGACAGAAAUUAGUCUUUGCUUUUCUUCCAGUUUCUUCAGUCUGUAUAGCUCUUUCAGUAGGCCUACUUGCCAUUUGAACUCUGAAAAUGAGGACUUGAUAUUUCAUACUCUAUUCUGUAUGAUUUACAGAAAUUAAGGAAUUCUCUCAAAGCGAACUGUGGCACACUAUCUGACCUUAGUCUUCUAGGUAUUCCAUGGCAUACUCUUCAUUGCUUUGAUGAUGUCUGAUGUAGUUUCCUGUGACAGUUCUUUGACAUCAAUAAGCUUUGAGAAGUAGUCAACUAGAAGCACAUACUUUUCCCCUCAAAGUUAAACAGAUCACACCCAACCAUGCUGUAUGGAAGGUCUGCUGUCUUGGUUGGUUUUAGCGGUUUUGACACAUUUUGAUUCUGAUGUUCAGCACACCUGCUACAAUCCCUGACUGUCACUUCAAUGUCUGCAUUCAUGUCUGGCCAAUACAUGACUUCUCUGGCUCGCUGCUUACACUUGACUAUUCCUAAGUGAGACCUGUGAAUCAGAUUUAGCAUGUAUUUACGUAAGCUUGGUGGCAUGACUAUUCUCAGACCUUUGUAUAUAAUUCCAUCUGAAAUUGAUAACGGGUCUCUUAAAUCCCAAUAUGGCCUGACUUCAAUUGGAGUCUCGCUUCUUGUGUCUGGCCAACCAGUCAUAAUUACUUCCCAAAGCAUUGAAAGUUCUUUGCUUGUACAGUCUUGAAUUUCACUGUAUUUUGAAUCACUUACAGAGAUCAUAUGCACAGAAUCAUCUGUAAAUUCACAUUUCCUCUUAUCAGUUCAUUGUAGAAGUCCUAAGCAUUCUGCUGUGUCACCACUCAAAAUGUUUUCUUGACUAAGGUCUACAACCUCAAACCUUGCAUUCACCUCAUGGGUAUUAUUCUUCAAAGGUAGCACCACUGCUCCUUAAGUCUUAAUGAUGUGAUUAGUAUAAGAUUUGAGUAACUUUGCUGAAUAAGCAAGUUUUACUUUGUCUUUGAGCUUUUCAAACUCUGACGACAAGAAUGUUACACCUUGCACCAGUUUCUAUAUGGAAAAUUAAUGUCUUGCCAUGCACGACUAGUUUUAUAGUCCACUUGUCUUCAAUGUUCUCAAUUUUAUCCUUUUUAUACUGGCUACUUGCUGUACUAACAGGUACAAUAUUUUCAUCACUGUGACUGUCAUCUUCUACUAGAUUAACAUUGCGUCUUUUUCUGCACAUUUGAAACAGUGGUUUUUCUUUUUGCAGAAAUUGCAUGUUGCUGGACAUUUUCCUUUUUCGUGGUUCUUGCCGCAUUUUCUACAUAACUUAUCUGAGUUGUCUUUAGACUUCUGCUUGAGUACAUUGUGUGACUGUCUCUUGAUUGCUAGAACUUUUUGGCCCCUAAACAUUUUCACUUGGCUUUGAGGCAUCUCAUAUUGUUGUCCAAUUUCUAUAGCCUUGCUAAGGGUCAACUUCUGUCCCUGAUCAAGUAGUCUCAAUUGUACCUUUUCGUGUAUGACUCUGCUAAUAAUCAAAUCAAUAAGUAUAUCAUCCGGAUUGUCAUACACAUACUCACAGUCCAUAAUGAGAAGCUUUAUGUCUUUAACAAAGUUAUCAAAACUUUCUCCUUCUACCUGCUUUCUCUGAUGUGCUCUAAAUCUAGACACUCUUUUAUUUUGUCUUGGCCUUAUGUAGUCUUCUAUUUUCUUUAAUAGCAAUUGCAGAUCUCCCUCUUCACUAUCAGUAAUAUUUAGAGUUUUGUAAACUUCAUGGCCCUGUUGACCUAUCCACAUACCCAGACAUCUGGCUUUUUGUUUACGGUCCUUUGAAACAAAAGCUCACCUGCUGUUGAAACCUUAAAAACUCUUGAUAUAGAUCUUUUGCAUUUCAAUUCAAGAUUAGCUCAAAAUAAAAAGAAGCCAUUAUAAGAUUUAAAAAAAACUUUGUCAGGACAGCUUUUACUCUGACAUAUUAGGAACUCUAUGUAUUAGGUAAACACAAGGGGUGUUGCACUGACACACUAGUGUGCAAAUGUACAUGUAAUACCAAUAUGUUACAGGCCUAGUUCUCCUUACUCUAUCUAAACUAACUAAUAUGAGGUGGCCAAUUUAAAUUAUUAUGCCACUUUCAGGAACCAUUUUAUUCUUCUCUUUCUUGUAAUAUUUUUAAAUUUCCCUAACUCUCUUUCAUAAGCCUAUUCUUUAUUUCUCCAUUGUUUCUAUUUUUUGUUACACCCAGUGCCUCAAAACUCUUACUAUUUUCUAAAAUAUUUUAUAAGCAAAGAGUUACCAGUUAAAUAGUAAUAACUACUUAAACUUUACCUGAAUUUCUAUUAGAUUUCUACUUCUAUAUUACUCUAAUUAUUUGUGUGUAUUUGCUCCAUUUAGAUGUCCAACUUUAAGAUUUUUGUUUCUGUAUUAUCAUUGGUUCUUAAAACAUCUUUUUUCAUGUAGUUGGUGUUCAGUUGAAUGCAUAUUGUUUAUAUUAUACCUUUUUUAAAAUUAUUAUUGUAUAUGUACCUAAAUUUUGUGAUAGUGUUGUAGUGGUUCCCUCUAUAGUGAUUACUUCUGUAGUGCAGUGGUGGUUACUUCUGUAGUGCAGUAAUGGUUACUUCUAUAGUGCAGUAGUGGUUACUUCUGUAGUGCAGUGGUGAUUAUUUCUAUAAUAGUUGUUAGAUUAAUAGGAGAAACUUUACACAUUUUUUUUUUAUUUUGGUACAAUAUCUUGAUAUUAAUUUUUUAUAAGUGAAAGCUUAUUUUCAGGCAAUAUUUUGAAGGUUAACAUUUUUUUUAACCUAUUUUUUUGUUGCAUAUUAUUUAGUUGCUGCCUUAGCUAUUUGUCUAGAUAAAUGAUUUAGAUUAAUUAAGAAUAAGUUCAAAUGAAUAUGCCAUGCAGAGACCAUUUUUCUUACUAGAUCACUCCAAACAAUUACAUUUGCACAUUUGUUAAUGUCUUUAUUUUAGUUAAGAAAGAAGUCUUUCUGAUCUUGGAAUGUGAUCUAAUUGUAGAACAUUUUUUAAAUUUGAUUAAAUUAUUUUUCUACGGAUGGCUGUGGUAUGGUAUGUGCUUCAGACUGUUAUCAUAAUGUUUCUAGGUUCGAUUCUUGCCAGCUGCCAACAUUUUCCAGCUAGGAAGUAAUAAUCUUCAUCACUGAACAAAAAAAGUCUUACACUAAAGCAAAUUACUUGGUUCAAUCUCAUAUCUCCUGAUAGAUUUUCUCUCAAUUAUAAUUAGAUAUCAAGUUUGAAGAAUCAUGGUCAAAGUGUGUAAAUCAUAAAUAGGACAUUUGUAUGAAUUAGCUCCUACUUUUAGAAGUGCCUCACUUUCAACUUCACAUGUAAUAGGAAGAUUCUAAAAUUAUUUUAACAAUGUCUAAUGUUAGCUGAAAAUUGAGCUCGCCCCUAAUCCACUGUAGUCUAAAUGCUUUUUACAUAUUUCGGAUUUCAAAUAUGGCUUGAAUUAAAAAUAAUAAAAACAGUUCUGUGGAUAUUAUGUGAAAAAAAACAACAA